AACCAAAAAAAAAAAAAAAAAGGAAAAAACAAACCAACCCAACAAAGACCGCAGAGAAGGGAAAGAGUGGGGGUGGUUUUGGUAACGAAAUAAAGCGGAGCGCAUGUUAAUGGGGUGGUGGUGCGGCACAUGAAAGAUGCGCAUAAGCCAGCACUACUCCUCCGCAUCCUCCUAGUGUUUACCCUUCUUGCUAACCGUGCGCCGGUUGCGCACCUUCCUAUCCUGCGCUUCUCUUUCCUUCCAAACCUACCUAACAACAACAACAACAACAACGACAGCAUCGACAACAACAUCAUCAUCAGCCUUUACAAUAAGGUCGACCAGACCAAGCCUGCUGCUGAGAUCUUGGGUUCGAAUCUCCCACUACCACCCAUGUCGAAAGCUCGUGUCUACGCCGAUGUCAAUGUUCUUCGUCCUAAAGAGUACUGGGACUACGAGUCCCUCACCGUUCAAUGGGGCGAUCAAGAUGAUUACGAGGUUGUUCGGAAAGUAGGAAGGGGAAAGUACAGUGAGGUUUUUGAAGGCAUAAAUGUCAACAGCAAUGAGCGGUGCAUUAUCAAGAUCCUUAAGCCUGUCAAGAAAAAGAAGAUAAAGAGAGAGAUCAAAAUACUCCAGAACCUUUGCGGUGGCCCAAAUGUUGUCAAGCUUCUUGAUAUUGUCAGAGAUCAGCACUCUAAAACUCCUAGUUUGAUAUUUGAGUACGUGAACAGUACAGAUUUUAAAGUUUUGUACCCCACACUGACUGAUUAUGACAUUCGCUAUUAUGUAUAUGAGCUUCUCAAGGCGUUAGAUUAUUGCCACUCCCAAGGAAUAAUGCAUAGAGAUGUCAAGCCUCACAAUGUUAUGAUAGACCAUGAGUUACAGAAACUUCGACUGAUAGACUGGGGACUUGCGGAGUUUUACCAUCCAGGAAAGGAAUAUAAUGUUCGUGUGGCUUCAAGAUACUUUAAGGGUCCUGAACUUUUAGUUGACUUGCAAGAUUAUGACUAUUCUUUGGACAUGUGGAGCCUUGGUUGCAUGUUUGCUGGAAUGAUAUUUCGCAAGGAACCAUUCUUUUAUGGCCAUGACAACCAUGAUCAACUUGUCAAAAUUGCCAAGGUACUUGGGACUGAUGAAUUGAAUGCAUAUCUAAACAAAUAUCACUUAGAGCUUGACCCUCAGCUUGAUGCUCUUGUUGGGAGGCAUAGCAGGAAGCCCUGGUCUAAAUUUAUUAAUGCAGACAAUCAGCAUCUAGUUUCUCCAGAGGCCAUUGAUUUUCUUGAUAACCUCCUUCGCUAUGAUCAUCAGGACAGGCUCACUGCAAGGGAAGCCAUGGCCCAUCCUUAUUUCUCUCAAGUGAGGGCAGCAGAAAGUAGCAGGAUGCGGACGCAAUAGCUAGAGCGUAUCACAGUCCAUGUACAAACCAGAGUCGUGUGAUUUGGGAAUGUAUUAUGUACUGAAAGUGUUUUUUGCUGUCAUUUCCCAAGCAUUGGGCAGUUUAGAUUGCCUAAUUGACUUUUAACAGUAUGAUUGUUUUACUUUGUUUUGAGUUUGAGAUAAUAUAGUAUUUAAAAUGCUUGACGCUA